AUAGCCAAUAUUUACAAUUAUAUACUGAUGUCAACUUGAAACUAUGCACUAUAUCAGAUACAGAUUUAGAUUUUGUAUCUGCUUUCGCUUUACCGAUAUUACUUUUCCUUGUCAUUAAGACUAUUUAUAUUCAGGUGAGCGAUAGUAGGGUCAGUAUGGCCUUCUUGUUUGAUUUUUCUUACUUUCGCAGACGUGGACCAUUCACGAUAGCAGUAUAAUCAUUUUCUGAAAUUGGAAACGAAAGUAAAUCAUUUGGAAAUACCCAUAUUGUAAAUACGGCGUAUACAAUAACUUACCCUUAUGUAAAUUGGUUGAUUAGGUAAUUGUAAAUGAUAGCUUAUAUCACCUUAUCGAUUUUAAACACUAUCAAUUGGAUAAAUUGUACUCGUAUAGUUUAUUUCUAGCUACUUAUUUCAUUUCCUAUUUAGAUCUAAAUGGCAAAGUAAAGACGGAAUAUUUUUCGGAAAAAAAGUUAUACAUAGAUCUAAAUGGAUAAGGUAGGUAGUUUUUCAUAUACGGUUCAAUCUUUGGCGUUUUAACAUGCGAUAGGAAAUUUUACAAAUGAUUACAAAUGCGAAGACUUGACAACAAUGGAAAAAGGCGAUUUUGAAGCGAGUGAGAAGGAAGGUAUAACGUCUGCUGUAAAAACAUGUACAGACAACAAGUUAAACAUAGCUUCCUUCAUAAAUCAGCAGGAUAGUUUGAAGAUUAACAAUAUUCCAACAUACAGCCAACCGACACAUGGUGAAGUUCCUACUAUAAAGUUAUAUAAUGAAGAAAUGUCGGAUUUAACUUCAAAUACUGAAAUGCAACAUGAAAAAACUGUACCCGAAAAAGGUGAAACCAUACAAUAUGACAGUGUAUUUCUGUUGGCACUAAAGAAUUCACCUCUAGCAGAUAACUAUCCAUCUGAAAUUGAAAACUUUCCUGACAUUCUUGUACCACUCAAUUUACCCAGACGUUAUGCUACUGAAAAAUCGUAUCUACCAACUUACGACGACAUCGAGAAGCAGAAUAUGUCCGACAUCAUUGAUAAUCCAUCGGCCGAAACCACAAAUGACGCAGAAUCUAGCGGAGAAGUCGGAUUACUAGACUUUGAUUUCCUACUUGAAGAAAAUGUAAGCGUUGUUCAAAAGGAUGAGACCAAAAGUAUUGGAACACAGAUGAAUAAAAUAAAAAACAAUACAGCUAGUGUUGAUGACCACAUUGAAUCAAACGUUGAAGAUAAGAUUGCUGACAGUGCAUUGAACGAAGUUCAGAAUGACCUUAAUGCUGGAGGAAACCAGGAACACAUUGAACCUGUGAUGGAAUUAAACAUACCAACAGAUGCUGACGAGGUUGAUGGUGAAGACGAAGACAUUGAGCUAUGGGAAUUUCAAAAAGAAUUAGCUGAAAAGGGUUCUCGAGGAGAAAAUGUUAUAGUUUUGGCGCCUACUAAUAGUGGCAAAACAAGAGUUGCAUGUAGCAUCAUGCAAGUUCAUUUGCGUUGCCAAAGAAGACAGGGAGAAAUUGGUAAAGUUGCAUUUGUGGUAGAGAAUGAGGCGUUGGCAUUUCAGCAAGGGGAGGUUUGUGGAAAAUUGCUGCCUGCGUUUAGAACAAAGGUGAUCAGUGGUAGCAUUCAAAGAGACAAGAAACAGCUCUUAACGGAUUUUAUUCACAGGAGAGAUAUACUGGUAGUGACAGCUCAAGUUUUGUUGAAUUCCCUCAACAAUCAGGAGCUCAGUAGUCUGGAAAUGUUUUCAAUGAUAGUGUUUGAUGAGUGUCACCAUACUGAUAACCAGCACCAUUUCAAUAGAAUCAUGAGCAAAUACAUGGACCUUAAGAUAAAGAAAAAAGUUGAUCCGAGCUGUCUCCCUCAGAUUAUUGGCCUAACAGCUUCCCUAGGUGUAGGGGGUAACACUGACCCAUUUUCUGCAAUAAACCACAUGAAAGGUAUUCUUGCUAACCUUGAUGCCAAGUAUCUGUCUACAGUGAGGAAUAAUAUCGAAGAUUUAGAUCAACAUGAAAAUAAUCCAAAAGAAGAAAUAAUUAAGGCCAAAUGCAGACAUUACGAUAAGUUUGGAGAAGCUGUCCUGGAUAUAAUGGACAAUAUUGACAAAUAUAUGAGAGGUCACCAGAGUAUGUCAGAGCUUCCAGAUAAAGACAAGUUACUGAAGAGUGUUUGCCAAGUACCGCCAUCAAGAGGAACAGAACAGUUUUUGCAAUGGGCCAGUCAGUUUAGGGGAGCUAUUGCAAAGAUCAGUUCUGAUUCAGCACGAAGAAUGUUGAAUCCUUGUAGGAGACAUUUAGAGGUGUACAACAAAGCGAUGCUUGUUCACGCAGAUGCCAGAAUUAAAGAUGCCCAAGCAAUACUUGAAAACUUUAUCAACAGAGAAAUGGAAAUAGAUCCAGAGAAUGAAACAGACAAGGUGCUAAUAAACUUUUAUAAAGAUCUAAAAUCAAGAGAUUUUAGUGACGAGCCUGAAAAUCCCAAGCUUGUAGAGAUGAAGAAACUUUUGAUGAACGAAGUUGCUGAUAAUGACAACGCUCGGGGAAUUAUAUUUGUGAAGUCUCGUGAACUGGCACGGGCAUUGAUUAAAUGGAUGGAUGAAAAGGAACAACUGAAGCCACUGAACGCAUGUGAAUUCGUUGGACAGGUUGCAUCAACGGCUAAAGGAGGUAUGACGAAAUGUGCGCAGAGAGACGUGCUUGAGUAUUUUAAAAAUGGUCUUCACAAAGUAAUUGUUGCCACAUCUGUGGCUGAAGAAGGCCUAGAUAUCAGGAAAUGUAAUAUCGUAAUCCGUUACGAAUAUGUCACGAAUGAAAUUGUUAGACUCCAGUCCAGAGGGCGUGCAAGAGCCGGAAAUAGUAAAUAUUAUGUUAUUACAACAGAAGGGUCGUGGAUAGUUGAAAAAGAAGAAAAGAACGCUAUGCUUGAAAGGCUGAUGAACAGUAUAGUUCCGACCCUUCAGGCUUACAUUGAAAACAACCCCAAUGACUGGGAAAAUGAAUUAAAUACUAUCCAAAUUAGGCAAAAGGAGAUUGAUGAUAUGAAAGAGGAGAAUCGUUUAGCAAAUAUGACUGAUGACGAAGUUAUAUUUAGAUGCCUGAAUUGUUCCGAAUUUAUAUGUAUGUCGUCUGAUAUCCGGGUGAUACAAGGGUCUCACCAUAUUGUUGUCAACGAAGAUGCCAACGGGCGCUUGCUGUCUAUACGUGGUCGUAACCCUGUGACUUUUAAAGAUGAUUUUAUCUCUCGAGGAGUCAUAUUCUGUGGAAACAAAAACUGCCAAAAUGAUCUUGGAGGAAUUUGUGAAUACCGCCGUGUUGAAUUUCCAUUAAUUGUUAUUAGAAACUUUAUGAUUGAAGAUAAACAUGGAGAAAGAGACUUUGUUAAUCAAUGGAAAAAGGCGACCUUCUCAAUGAAAGAGCUGGACAUUGACGAUCUUAAAACAGUGGUACGGAAAAGACGCCUUACGUUCGUAGAUAAGUAAAUCACUCUAAAAAUGAGUACAAGUAUUUCAAGUCUUAUAUGAUAUGUGUUUUCAUAUUGUAACAUUUCCAUGCAAAAAAAAGAUUGGAAAGAUUGAAUGAUUGGAAAGAUUGAAUGUUUAUUUAACGUUAUGUGUUAACCCGCUUCAGUUGUCUUUUACCCGCACUUGUUUUAUCUAUUUUAUUUCCCCAGUAUUACGGUGAUAUUUUUAAGUUAUAAAUGACCGUUGUCUGUGAUAUUCUUAUAAUGAACUAUAUCAUACAUAUAAACAGCUCUAGUGAAGUUCUGUCUUUCCACAUAUCUUUUUAUACAUUGUAAACUUGUGAUAUGAUUUUAUUUUUAUAAUUAUACAUAUUUAGAUGAUAUACAUGUUGCUAUGUUAUAAAGUUUUAUUUUUAAGAAAUUUAUUCUAAUCUUUUAAGGCGCUGGAUCUCGCUGCUUUAACCUAUAUGAAUGGAGUGUUAAGACAGUUUGUAAUGGGUAAUUGUGUAAUAAUUGCCAAAUCAUUUUUUACAUAUUUUUUAAUGAAAAAAUAAUUAUGUCAAUAAACAUGGCUGUGUAUGUCAUAAGCAAUGAAAUGCAAACUACAAAAAAGCAGUGUUAUAUGAUUUCAGACAAUAGCAUUGUAUUAUGAACUUCAUGUUGAUAUAUAAUUGUAGUAACGUAGGAACUGUUGGUACAUUUUCACUAUAAUGUCUAUUUCAAAUUACAUUUAUGUUUUACUAUAUGGUAAGUAAUAUUGUAGCCUUAACCAAUAAUAUGAGGUAGAGGUUGAUUAUGACUAGCAGUUGACCCACGUUAUGGACUUAACUAAAAAAAAGCUGUUCCGAUCAAGCUUCUUUAUGAAAAUACUUAUAUUGGUCGUAGGGUUGUAACAGAUAACACAUUUGAUUGGAGGUCAAUAUGUCAAAAGACUUUGCAUCUUUAGACAAUCCGUUGUGAAGUGCAUAAAUGUUUCACAAACGUCUCGAUCUUGUCAUUUACUGGAUUAUACAUCAAUGUAUAUGAAUUUUUUAUUAUUUUAUUUUUCUUCUUUUCAAAAAAUAAUUUGCUUUUUUGUAGUGUAUAUGUAUAACAAUAAUUUAAAAUAUGCUUAAACUGCAGGCCUCGACAUUAGCGAUGGUCCGUUGGUCCGAGACCACCUGACUUUGGCAAGGACCACCUAAUAUUUCAAGCAACUGGUCCGUCAGACCAUUUGAAUUUUCUAGAUGGUGCAAAGCUCAUUUCGGAAUGGCGAUUUGGUCAUAAAAUGUAAUAUACUUGGUGUUUAAAAACAUUUGUCCUAUGUACAUGUAUAUGGUUCAUUAAUCUCUUCUUAAGUCAUCACUUACUUUCAUUUUUACUGGAGUAAUUAUAUAAUUAUUUAUUUAGGCAGAAAAUUCAUUCAAAUGAUGCUAUUAGACUGCAUUUUCUUUAAUUGUGAUAUUUUAUGGGAUAUCGGAUAAUUUCAGAUACUUGAAUAACGGCAAUGAAAGGAAAUGGAAAAAUAUAUCUUAUCUUUGUUUUAACAAUAAGAUAUCCAUUUCUUCCACUUCACUGUUAAAAUAACUUUAAAAUUUUAAAAAUGCUUAAAAAUAAAAGCUCAACUUUAGUUAUA